AUGCAGGUUCAAUAGCUAGAAGAGAGAUUGAGAUACCUAAAAGAAGAGAAGGAUAUAGCUUAAAGAGAUUAUCAGACUAAGAUAAAUGGACAAGAGUAGGAAAUUGAUAUGACAAGAAAAGAAUUAGAUGAACUAUAGAGGAUAAAUGGAAAUAAAGAUGGAGAUAAUAGAGAUAUUAAGGGUAAAUUAACAAACAAUAAAGACAAGUUAGUGCACUCUGACUCUGAUUACUCACUUUUAAGAGAUUAGAAUGAUAUCAUUCUUAAGCAAAAUAAAGCAAUUAAAGAUGAAAUCGCAAUGCUUGAAGAUUAGAUUACUGACGAAAAGAAAAGAUAAUUAGAACAGAGAGCUAUUAAGGACAAAUUAUCACACUCAUUGUAUAGAGGUGCAGAUUAAAGCAGUCAUUUGCUGGAAAAAGAGGAGGAAUUAGUAAAUAGAUUAAGGGAAAAAGAGUUGGAAUAGCAAAUUAAAGAGGAUAAAUUAAGGUAGUUAGAAAGGGAAAAUAUUGACAAAGAUUAGAAAUUAUCACAUGUCAAGACUUAAGUUGCAUAGGAAGAUAGUAGAUUAACUAACAUUCAAACUUAGAUCCAACAUUAAAUAACUGAAAACGACAGAUGCUUGGAACUAGGAAUGAGAUUUAAAGAUCAGCAUCUCAUGGAAGAAGUCAAGGCGAAAGAAUUGUAUACUCGUUCCCGUGAAAUAAACGACAAGAUAGCGAGAAGAGAUGCAGAGAUAGAUUUAAUAGUAGUUGACCAUAAAAAUUAUUAAAGAGACAAUCAACUUUUAAAGGAAAAGCUAGAGGUAUUAAUGUAGGAAAGAGAUGCAUUAAGGCGACAUACUGAGAAAGUUGCAUAAGCUAAUAAAGCAAUUGAAGAGGAGCUAGAUAGUUUUGUAAGUCUUGAUGAUAGUAUUGUGAAGACUCUAGAGAAAAGGGAUCAUAACCUUUCACCUAUAGUGAGUUAAUAUAAUCCGAGAGGCUCUCAACUCCCUAAUGCAGCUACCAUGCAAACUUAAAGUUUUGGGGUCUAAUCAUCAAGGAUGUUUGACUUGCAGUCUGCUGAAUAAGCCAAGAUUUCAACUUAUAGACCUGCAGUUUUGCAUUCUCAAGCUGCUCAUUAAAUUCAAUAUCCACAACCUCAGCUUUAAAAUUAAUUGUACAUGUCUCAUGCUAGGCUCCCAGAACUCUAAGCUCAAGAUUUAUAUAAGUCUUAAACUGCCUACAAAUACGAUAAUCUAUCAAAUGAUGAUCUCCGAAGAACAAGUGCAGGUGAGACUCACAAUUUUGCAUCCAGCUAUGGUAGAGAGUCACAUGCACUUAGAUUCUUAAAUCCUAGAUCCCUUAAUGGUGGCCCUAUACUUUAAAAUGAAAGCAGUAAAGGAAAUCUUCAUUAGAGCCAAGUGGCACCUCCAAACUAAUUAAGUAUCACUCAUCUAGGAGGUAGUUCUUAUCAUGCCCAAAACUACUAGCCUAGUUAUAACAGAAAAGAGCACUCACCGUUAAGAUCUAAUUUCUGA